GUCGCGUCCAGUCGCUGGGAAGAAUCGGUCCCGGAAAAUAACUAAAUAAAUUCAAAGUUCCUGGCAUAUUAUUAAAUAACACACAAACAGAAUAUCGAGUCAGCAACAAGUUUAAAAUAAGAUAUGUUCACAAAAUAUAGCUAAAUAAUCUUACGACAAGUGAAUGCAAUUUAGUGAUUCAACUGAUCAAGUCAAAGCAACACAAAUUGGGAUUAACCGAGUGAUUUAAGUCAAGUCAAUUUAAGGAUAGUUCUAUUGGCGGAAAGUUUCAAAGCAAUUAAAGCAGUUACCAAAGUGCAAAGUAAAAUAGUAUAAAAACAUUAAGCUUCUAUAAAAUGUACAAUGUGGAACGAAACUAAAAUGAUAAACUGAAAUAAAAAUAUAAAAACAAAGAGAGAAAAAUAUAAAAACUAAUCCAAUUAAAGUUAACAACCAAUCUGAACUUUGUUCAGUAAAUCGGUGGUGCAUCAUGUUUGACAAGAACUUGGACGGCAACAAUCUGUCGGUCUCCAUCGGUGGAGAUUUGGACUCGACGAGUUCCGGCGGCACAUCCUCGGAUCACUCGGCUGUCCAGCAGGACAAUCUCAGCUCGCCGAUGGCCUACGGCUCCCUCUUCCUGCCAAAUGCUGGUUAUCGUGGCAACCUGUCAUGCAAAACGGUCCUGCAGCUGGACAAGUUCGCACCCUACGAGGGCGUGGAGAAGGAUCACCUGCUGGAGCGGCGGUUCCAGGACAUCACCAACGACUACGACAAGUCGCCGCCGCCCACCGCCUCGACCACGCCCACACACUAUCCCAGCCUGAACAGCAUAAUAUUCGAGAAUGGGAGCAGUGGCAACCUGGGCGAUCUCAACGGGAACACGAAGACGGAUCUAUGCGGCGGCCUGCAGAGAAGUGGCGGCGGAUUGGGGGGCAAUGCCGGGAGUGGUGGCCACCUCAUAUCCAAUCUCACAGCCGCCCACAACAUGUCCGCAGUGAGCAGCUUUCCCAUCGACGCCAAAAUGCUGCAGUUCUCCACGGAUCAGAUCCAGUGCAUGUGCGAGGCACUGCAGCAGAAGGGCGACAUCGAGAAGCUGACCACAUUCCUCUGCAGCCUGCCGCCCAGCGAGUUCUUCAAGACCAACGAGAGUGUCCUGCGAGCCCGCGCCAUGGUGGCCUACAAUCUGGGCCAGUUCCACGAGCUGUACAACCUGCUGGAGACGCACUGCUUCUCGAUCAAGUACCACGUGGACCUGCAGAACCUCUGGUUCAAGGCCCACUACAAGGAGGCCGAGAAGGUGCGUGGUCGUCCACUGGGAGCCGUGGACAAGUACCGUCUGCGCAAGAAGUAUCCCCUGCCCAAGACGAUCUGGGAUGGCGAGGAGACGGUCUACUGCUUCAAGGAGAAGUCGCGCAACGCCCUCAAGGACUGCUACCUGACCAACCGCUAUCCCACGCCCGACGAGAAGAAGACGCUGGCCAAGAAGACCGGCCUCACGCUCACCCAGGUCUCCAACUGGUUCAAGAAUCGUCGCCAGCGGGAUCGCACGCCCCAGCAAAGACCGGACAUGAUGUCGGUGCUGCCCGUGGGCCAACUGGAUGGCAAUGGAUUCCCGCGCAUGUUCAAUGCUCCAAGCUAUUAUCCCGAAACGAUUUUCAAUGGGCAAUAAACUGCGAUCGGAGGAGGCUGUUUUCGUGUAAAUAAAGAGUAAUGCGUUUUUAUGUUAGGACACAGGCAACUGGAAAGUGGCCAUCAAAUGGCCAUCUUUGUUAGCUCUAGAAUUAACCAAUUUUUGCUUUAUGUAUUGUAUAACUUGAAUAAUAAACAAAUGACAGUAGAUCAAUAAACUCAAACAAAUGAA